GAGACUCCGCCUCAGUCGCUCGACGGAUACAAAAGCGCUCAGAAUGCUCCUUCUCGUGCUGUGCAUCCUCGCGAUGCCGUGCGAAAAUCACUCGACCCGGUCUUCGUGCCGUGUCGACGAUGUUAUACUUGAAUUUAUCGUUAACGCAACACCUGUCCUGUUCCCGCCUUCGAGGAUAUCCCUGUACCUGUGUAUCGAUUACGAUGACACGAUCGAAUUAUCGAGGAAGAUGUCGAACAAUCGCCUGACUCACGGCAUUCACAACUCCUUCGAGAAAUUCGACCGGAGGAUUCACAACAAUCUGGAACAUCGGAACCUGUAUGCUCUGGACCUGCACUGUGACUACGCCAUCAAGAUGUUGCAACAGGCGCAUUCGGAAAGGAUGUUCGUUGCCCCGGCCAAGUGGAUGCUUCUACAAGAUCGAAGGAUUGACGACACUAAUCUAACUUCCACGUACGGUAUUUUGGUAUCGGACGUCUUCGAGGAUUUGGCCGUCUAUCCUGACAGCGAUGUGGUCCUCGCUCAAAGGCUCAACGAUAAUUUUAUCGAGCUGACGUCCGUGUAUCGACCGAGUUCUCAGCGAGGCGUGAUAUUAGAAAAUCGUGGCAAUUGGUCGCUCGAAAAUGGACUACAGAUGAGGACCCACGACGUAGCCUCGGCACGCAGACGGAAUCUUGGACAGACGGAGCUAAAAUCUAGUAUUGUGCUUACGAAUCCGGACACAAUAAAUCAUCUAACCGAUUACGAAAACAAGCACAUAGAUUCCAUCACAAGGAUUAAUUAUAUUUGGAUACUUCACUUGGCUAAUCGGAUGAACGCAACGAUGAGCUUCAACAUCACAAAUACCUGGGGAUAUCUAGACGAGAACGGAUCUUGGAGCGGGAUGAUGGGAAUGCUGCAACGACGCGAGAUCGACAUCGGCACUAGCAUGUACUUUCUGACGAGUCGCCUAAACGUGGCGGAAUAUAUCCAAUUGUACACACGUACCGGCACUUGCUUCGUAUUCCGACGACCCUUGCUGUCGACCGUGAAAAAUAUAUUCGCCUUGCCCUUCGAGCGAAACGUCUGGAUAGCGAUCGCAGUGUUCAUACUGUUGGUCGUUUGCUUGCUGUAUCUAUCUACGAUAUGGGAAUAUAAUCGAGAUUCUUCAAGAAAAUCGGCGAGCUACUACGGCCAAUACAAUUCCAAGCCGACAAUCGACGAUAGUCUUCUCGUUAUUCUAGGCGCAUUCGCGCAACAAGGAUACUCGUACGAGCCGUAUCGAGUCGUAACUCGAGUCACCAUUCUCAUGCUACUGUUAGCUUCUCUCAGUCUUUACGCGGCUUAUACGGCGAAUAUCGUGGGUCUCCUGCAAUCCACCACAGAUUCCAUCAAGACUCCCAAGGAUCUCUUACAUAGCCCAUUAAGUCUGGGCGUGCAAGACACCGUGUACAAUCGACAUUACUUCAAGUCCUUUCAAGAUCCCGUGAGGAAGGCGAUUAUGCAGAAGAAAAUCGAGCCGAAGGGCCGCAAGCACGAAUGGAUGAAUUUGGAAGAGGGAGUGCGUCGCAUCAGGACCGAACCUUUUGCGUUUCACGGUGUAAGAGGCCCGAUAUAUCAUUUAAUGCAAGAGACGUAUCGCGAGGAGGAGAAGUGCGGCAUUACCGAGAUCGAUUAUCUCAACUUGAUAAUGCCGCUUCUUGUGAUACAAAAACAAUCCCCUUAUUUGGAGAUAAUAAAAAACGGGGCUUUGAAGCUGCGAGAAUACGGGCUCAAGCAACGCGACGAGUAUCGUCUAUACACGGAAAAGCCCAAGUGCUCGAGCAAGACCAGCUUCAUCACCAUCGGUUUCACGGAAUGCUACUUCGCGCUAGUCGCGAUGGGUUACGGAUUGCUUCUCAGCAUAAUCGUGUUUGCACUCGAGCUGUUGUGGCAUAGGAACAACCUGUUCAUUUCCGUUGAACGUCGAUGCGGACGAAUACGCGAGCCAUCAAUUUGUGAGAAUCCCGUGUGCGAAAUGUCGCUAUUUAAGACGAAAGAGUGGUGGCGUACCAGAGCGGGAGUGAACGAGUCCUUCGACAGACGUAGCUUGCUGAUCGCGCCGUUGUUCGGCCCUGACAAAAAGGACGUCAUCGUGAUCGGCAGCCACAGCGGCUACCUGAGAAUAUAUUGCCCGUCGUCGCAAUGGCUGGACGAGAGCAAGGAGCCGAGCGGCUACAAAUCUUCGGACCUCAUCAUCGAGACACGGAUCAGCGAGUGUCUCGUUGAUAUGAAGACAGGAAAAUUCGUCUCAGGCUCGCAGGACACUCGACUCGCGAUACUGACACCCGCCAAGCUUGUCGUUUACAGUAUCAUUUUGAGCCAAGGAUCCGUCGAUCACGGGGACCGCUGCGACUUGGAAGUCGCAUACGAGCAUCCGCUGUCGCGAUUUCCGACAUCUUUGACGACAGGCCCGUUUGGCGGCGUGCGGGGUCGGGACUUUCUCUGCGUCCAGUGCCUCGAUGGCGCACUCUUCUUCUACGAGCAGGAGACCCCCGCCUUCAGCCUGGUUCUCGGGAAUCGACUGCUGCCAGAGCCGAUAGUCUACGUUUCGCGGAACGACGUCUUCGUGACGCCGAGCUCCUCGUGGGUCCUUGGGUGCUACAGAUACAAAAGCAUGGCGGAAUUCGGCAGCAACAAGGAUCGCGCAGAGGGUCCGAAGCAUCUGGAGCCGGACUGGAGUUACAAUAUCGGGGAGGCUGUUCUUGACAUCGACGCCGUCACACUGAGCAGCUUCGAGGUCGGGAUCGUCGUGCUCGGCGAAAAGAAUCUCUACUGUCUCAAGGACAAUUGCGUCUCCCUCAAGUACGCGAAAAGGCUUGAGUACAAGGCCCUCUGCUUUCAAGCUUAUGUGAUAGAACCGGAUGGCAAGCUGAUGGUGCUCGUAAUCGCUGACACAAACACCCUGAUGAUUUACGAGGGUACGACUCUCAAGUGGUCGGCUCAGCUACCUCUCGCUCCGGUCGCCGUAACUCGAGCGCAUUUUCAGCACUUAAACGGCGUGAUAGUCGUACUGUCCGAGGAGGGCCAACUGGAAGCCUGCUACUUGGGCUCCGAGCCGUCGUUAUUUAUCGCGCCUCCUCUUCAUCGACGCGGUUACGAUUACGUGGCCGCUGAAGAUGAGCUCAUGGAGCUCCGCAAGUUGGCGAAGAGAAGCAAGGCUUCCGGCAAUCAGCUGAGCGACAUCAACUUGGACGCCGAGCUGAUCGUGUCCGUGACAGUAUCGCCGGACUUGGAGCCAUAUCCGAAACAAAACGACGCUAAGGACGAGUCGACGGAGGGUCGUAACUUCGUGUGCAGGAUCGGCAUAGAAUUAUCGUCGUAUACGACACUUCGCGACGUUCAAGUGUGCAUCGAAGUCUCGAGACCGUUCGUCGUCGAGAAGGAUUGCUACAUUAUUCCCAAUCUUUGUAACCGGCAAAUGCUGCACACGACGAUCCACGCGAACGCGGACCUGCCGUCGAUGUCGUCGGACGUGAGAAUCACGGCGAGCUACGAGACGGAUCGUGGGAGCCUGCGCGUACUUCAGAAAACGGCCCAACUGCCCCUGAAGAUGAUGCUGAGGGCCUGCCCACCCGAGAACACGUCCACCUUCACGGCAACCAUCAAGUGCAGCGAGCCCCUCGUCUCUUUUAGCCAGCUGUUUCCCGAGCUUACAGGGGAGAUACAACGGCAAAAUUGGAACGUGCUCGGCUUGCAACACGUGCAAACCGGCAGCGUGGUGACAAUCGUUUCCGGCGCUACUAGCAAUCGGUACCGAGUGCAGUCGAACGACGGGCUCGCGAUGGCCUUGGUGGUUCAGCAGCUGCUGAAUAGGCUCAAAGACAAGGCCACAGGGAACUUUACGACCACUAUCGCGCAUAAUCACGUACAGUUGGUUCAAUCGCAAAUGGAGGCGCACUUUCGCAGUCGCCAGGAAGCCGACAGAAUCGCGAGCGAGAUCGGGUUGCUGUCGACCCAGUUGAGAAACAUCGAGAGGAAGUUGCUGCGCGCCGUGAGGGAGAGGAACACCCGGUCUUUGGCCGCGACCGGCCUCCCGUUCCUCUUGGAGUCGACCUAUCGCGCGAUCUUCGCGCUUCUGGACGAUCUCGCGAUCGCACGAGCGGAACGCGAACGCACCGGCCACGGCCUGCAGUGCGCCGUGAGGUUACUGCUCCUGCUGCUGCGCCUCAAUGUAAACGACGAUAAGUACGCGAUGCUCGAAGCGGCGAUCGGAUUCGAGCCGCAGCUGCGCGACGAGCUCGACUGGGAGGAAAUCGCCGAUGCCGGCCUGUGCACCUUGCUUCGGUCUACGUCACGAAAAUCCGGCCACCUGGAAGCGACAAAACCCACGGCAUUGAGCAAAAUGACGUCUGUCAAGGAAUUUGCGAAGCUGAAGAAACGUCUGGUGCACGCAGUCGAACGUCUCGACAGCUGUCGGGAAGUCACCGAUCUAGCUGAGAACGAACAACUGGAAGCUGGUGAACGUGCCACCUCUUAAACAUCUCAUCUCAUCCAAUUUCUAUUUCUUGCGAAUUCACAAAUGUGUCUCUCAGACUCAUUAAAUAAAAUCGGACUUUCUCGAAGAGAAAGAAGAGCGAUUCACCAAACCGA